AUGACUACUAUCACUGAGGCCACAUUCGUUCCGCUGCGAUCAGCGGCAUUUACCGUUCCCCUUAAGACUGAAUCUGGACACAAUAAAGAGAACUUAAUCGGAUACGACAUUGAAAAGGACGCGGAGCUCAAGGGAACAUCAAAGCUUCCCCCAGCAUCCUACCCCAACUAUCUUCCCGUCUGGGACAAUGAGACACAGAGACAACCCCCUCUGACCCCAUUCGAGCAUUAUGACCACGGUAAAGAUGCCGAUCCAACUUUCCCCGACCUUCUCUCCAAGGGCGUGGAAACCGACGAUAUCACUCCCUUCAUCGGCACUGAAGUCAAGGGCGUGCAACUGAGCAAGUUGUCCAAUGCAGGCAAGGACCAACUAGCACUCCUUGUCGCUCAGCGCCGAGUCGUUGCCUUCCGUGACCAAGACUUCGCCUCCCUCCCCAUCCAAGAGGUAGUCGACUAUGCUGGCUACUUCGGCCGCCACCACUCGCACCAAACAUCAGGUGCGCCAAAGGGCUUCCCAGAGAUCCAUCUCGUCUUCCGUGGUGCGGAUGACAAGACAGGCCAAAAGUUCCUCGAGCAGCGCACCAAUACUGUUACAUGGCACUCAGAUGUUACCUUUGAGAAGCAGCCCCCAGGAACAACAUUCCUCUAUCUUCUAGAUGGCCCUACCACUGGCGGCGACACCAUUUUCGCCGACAUGGUCCAGGCUUAUAAGCGACUCUCGCCCGAAUUCAAAAAGCGACUGCAUGGACUCAAGGCUGUCCACUCUGGUAUUGAGCAGGUGAAUGCCAGUUUGAACGGUGGUGGUAUUGCGCGUCGCGACCCGAUUACCUCAGAGCAUCCUAUUGUUCGGACACACCCCGUGACUGGAGAGAAGGCACUUUUCGUGAACCCUCAGUUCACUCGCCACAUUGUCGGAUACAAGAAGGAAGAGUCAGAGUAUCUUCUCAAAUUCCUGUACGAUCACAUCGGUCUUUCGCAGGACUUGCAAGCCCGUGUUCGCUGGAAGGCCGGUACUGUAGUGGUGUGGGAUAACCGCUUGGCCUGCCACUCUGCUUUGUUUGAUUGGGAAGAUGGUCAAAGACGUCACCUUGCCCGUCUUACACCACAAGCUGAGGCUCCUUAUGAGACACCGUUCGAAAGCUAG